AUGGGAAAUCUAACGUUGGGAAGGAAAAACACCCAGCCCAUAAGAUCAGUGCUUUUAACGGACGCUGGACAAAUAGAAGAAACACCACGAUCAGAGCGACGAGAUUCGUAUCGAAAGGAGCGUGCACCACCUUUGCUCUACAUUAACCGACUAAGCUCAACAUUGUCCUCUGACGGUCUCUGUCGCUGUAGAAGCUCUAUGGAUCGGGCUUCGAGCUUUUCUUCGCGCGACGAUGUCUUCGAAGAAGAGAACAAGUACUGGGCGCUCAAGAUCAAAGAACUAGAAAGUUAUGACGACUGGGACAAGCAGUACAUCUUAGGCAUGGGAUAUAUAAAGCACGCGAUGGAAACGGCGCAGUUGAUUGAGCUCGGUGCCAAUGUCAAUUGCAAAACCUUCUCUCAGUUUUCACCCGACAACAAGAAUGAUAGUCAGCUGCAUUAUGCAGUGAGAACUGGCGAUGAACGUAUCCUCAAACGCCUUCUGAAAAGUGGUGCCGACCCUGUCUCCUGUGGGCAUAAAGGAAAAACACCUCUCGAUAUUUGCGAUGAUCCAACACUCAGGAUACUCCUCAAGGAUUUCGCCUGA